CAGACAAACCAUUUUUGUCUGGAGAAGACCGAGUUCGACUAUUAGUUUUCUUGUCAGCCCAUUCCUUUUUUCCCUCUGUCUUGUUUUCAUUUGCUUCUCGUCGCCCAUCAAAAUCUGAGGUGUUUCUGACGCGCCCUUCCAGAGAUGAUCUCACCUCAUCAUCAAGAAAUUCCAAACCCAACUAAUGCUGUUGCUGGAAACUGAUACACCCAUCAAUGGAAGGUCCACAGGAAAUGAACCCAGGUUCAAGGUAUGCCCAUACCAGAUCCCCCCCAUAUUCUCUGAACUAGCAUAAACACGAGUGCUUCCUUGUCCUGUGAGGAUCUGCAUCUUUGAUCACUGCCCAUACCCUUUUGGUCUUUUUGUAGUCCUGUAUGCACAUUAAUGGUGUCUACCUCUGUUUCUUGUGCUUCUGCUCAGUAUAUAGUAUUGGGAAUUGGCUGUCUAGGGUUUGAGCAUGACCAGAAGAAACUUCAUCUCAGGCUGGGAUUGAUGUCUCUGUUUCCUGGCUCUUUUGGGUAAAAAAAAUAUGAUCUUUUGUUGUCUUGAGGUAUCAUAAUCAGUGUUAGGAGAUCGAUAUUCGUUAUUCGAUUUUGGGUUCGAAGAAAAGAAAGAGAAGGAAAGAAAAUGGUGAAACCUUGCUGGAAAGCUUCUGCAGUGGGAGAUGGAGAUGGGGAUGGAAAGGUUGAUGGACUGAUGUGGUACAAGGAUUUGGGGACUCAUGUGAAUGGGGAGUUCUCCAUGGCUGUUAUACAAGCCAAUGCUUUGUUGGAGGAUCAAAGCCAGCUCGAAUCCGGACCCUUGAGUUCUAUUGNAGAAGGAAAGAAAAUGGUGAAACCUUGCUGGAAAGCUUCUGCAGUGGGAGAUGGAGAUGGGGAUGGAAAGGUUGAUGGACUGAUGUGGUACAAGGAUUUGGGGACUCAUGUGAAUGGGGAGUUCUCCAUGGCUGUUAUACAAGCCAAUGCUUUGUUGGAGGAUCAAAGCCAGCUCGAAUCCGGACCCUUGAGUUCUAUUGAUUCCGGCCCUGAAGGAACAUUUGUUGGUGUCUAUGAUGGCCAUGGAGGACCUGAGACGUCCCGGUUCAUUAAAGACACCUUGUUCUCCAAGCUCAAGAGAUCUGCUUCUGAGAAUCAAGAGAUGUCUGCAGACACCAUAAAAAAGGCUUUCUUGGCAACUGAAGAAGACUUCUUGUCUAUUGUGAAGCGAGAUUGGCACUAUAAGCCACAAAUUGCGUCAGUGGGAUCGUGUUGUUUAGUGGGAGUGAUAUAUGAUGGGCUUCUUUACGUUGCAAAUGCGGGAGACUCUCGCGUGGUCUUAGGGAGAGCAGAUAGGGCGGUGAGAGGAGUCACCGCUGUACAAUUGUCAACAGAACACAAUGCCAAUAUUCAAUCUGUGAGAGAUGAGCUUCAAUCAUUGCAUCCCCAUGAUUCGCAGAUUGUGGUUCUAAAGCACAAGGUUUGGCGCGUCAAGGGUCUUAUACAGGUUUCAAGAUCCAUUGGCGAUGCUUACCUUAAGAAGGCAGAAUUCAACCGAGAACCGUUAUUGGCAAAGUUCAGACUCUCGGAACCGUUCUCUAGCCCGAUCCUCAGCCCAGAACCAUCCAUUUGUGUACACAAACUUAGUCCCAAGGAUCAAUUCCUUAUAUUUGCUUCGGAUGGUCUAUGGGAGCACCUUAGCAACCAAGAAGCAGUUGACAUUGUUUGCAAUUCCCCACGUAAUGGAAUUGCAAGAAGGCUCAUCAAGGCGGCGCUCUGCGUGGCAGCCAAGAAAAGGGAGAUGAGAUACUCGGACCUGAAGAAGAUCGAAAGAGGGGUGAGGAGGCACUUUCACGACGACAUCACGGCGGUGGUCGUGUUCUUGGAUCCGGUUUCGAUCAAUAGAAGGCCCUCACACAGUCCAACCCUUUCGGUGAAAUCAGGUGCAGGCAUCCCCCACCAUCAUCCAACACACUACUAGUCUUCUUCUUCAGCUUCAGUGGUAGUAGUAUGCCCAGAUUUAGUGACAUGUGUAACACAAACUGAGAAGAGUAUGUUGUUUGCAGCUCGAUCAACUCAGUGCAUAAGCAUAAAGAAAUAAUUUGUUUAUUU